GCACAAACAUAGGUUCGGAAACACCUUAACCCUCUUAAUACUUCCAAGCAAAUGGUGAUUUCGAGUUCAGAAUCGCAAUUUCCUGCUGUUAAAGCAAGUGUUCCAAUGGAGGUUGAGUUCGUGAGAUGUGAUUCAUGUGGAUUCACAGAGGAAUGUACUCUUGCAUACAUUUGCCGAAUUCGAGAGCGCUACAGUGGAAGGUGGAUAUGUGGCCUAUGCAUUGAAGCAGUGAAAGAUGAAGUUUUGAGAUCAGAGAUGCUUAUAACUACUGAAGAAGCUUUGAACAGGCACAUCAACUUCUGCAAAAGCUUUCGAUCUUCAUCUCCUCCUGCGAGUGCUACAGAGCAUCCAAUCUUCGCCAUGGUACGAGUUCUUAGGAGAAGUUUGGAUUCUCCGAGAGCUCUCCGAUCAACACCUACCAGUCCUCUUCUACAGGUCCCUUCUCACUCGCUGGUACGCUCCGAGAGUUGUUUCUCUUCUCUGUCCCGGUGACAAACGUUAACUACUUAUGAAUUUAGAGAUAACUUUGAAAGUGAACCAGACACCAGAAGUUUGUAAUCACUGUUUGAUGCUAAUUUUUAGUUUUUCUUUUGUUUACUGAAAAAAAAAAGGCUGAUGAUAUGUAGGUACUCUAUAUUCUCAUCUUUGGUAUAUAGAACAAAUGGUGAACCGAGUGCAUGAGGCUUAUCCCUGCAUGUAGAGAGGCGGUUUCUCCUACUCGAAUCGUGACCUCCAAUUGAGGUCAUAAUGGAGUAACCUUACCGUUGAGUUUGGUAUAUAUAUAACAUUAUGGAUUAAUUAGGCCUGGAUUUUUGUUUUUU